GUUCGUGUCAUUGACCUUUUAGUGAUUGAGGUGGUCACUUCUGUGUGUGUAGUAUUGGGUAUUUACCCCGUAUAAUUUACCUAUUGAAGUAGAUUGUGACUUCUUACUUCGUUAAAUGGAAGCUGUACACAAGAUAUUUACAGUAAUCAACUUAAAAUGAGAAUCUGGCUGAACAAAUGGCGAGCAGCGAAAGUUUCGAUGAUUUCUCUACAGAUGCCUUGUUUUUGUGUGGUGGUGGGGAUGGAACGGAUGGUAAUCAUAAAAAUGCAAAAAGCGAUAGUGUACCGCCAGGAAAAUCUCAAUCUUUGGAUCCAAAAUCAUCAAAUGUCUGCUCUGUUGACUGGACGGAAAAUGCUAAACUGGGUGAACACAUAUGGAUGGAUGGUGACUCGUCUGGUUAUUCAUGUUGUAUUCCGGACAAUGAAUGUUUGAAAUCAGGUCAUAAACUAAAAUGUACUGCAUGUAAGAUUGUUGUACAUAAGAAGUGCAUGGAUAGUUUAGAAAGGGUCAAUAUUCGCUGCAAGCUGACAUUUCGUGAAGGAAGUAAAAGAUCAAGCAAUGAAGAGUUUCAGACCAAUCAUCACUGGGUUUAUCAAAGAAAGUUUCAUGGAAAGUGUUCACAUUGUGGUAAAUCUUUUCACAACAUUCGUUCAGUGAAGGAUAUUGUCGCUGUCAGUUGUUCUUGGUGUAAAUGUGCGUACCACUUCAAUCACAUAUGUGCGGCUUCACUCAAAGAAAACGUGUGUACGUUAGGUAAAAAUGGCAAUUUAAUUGUUCCGCCUGCUUGGAUCGUUAAACUACCGAUAAAGGUUUCGUACUUCAUCGAUGAAAAACGGCAGUCAAGAAGAAAAUCUGGACGGGAAAAAAAGUCGUUUGCGGUGAGACCUAUUGUCGGCGAUAAUAGAACUCCUUUGCUCGUCUUUAUUAAUCCAAAAAGUGGGGGGAAACAGGGAUCUAAAAUCCUUCGAAAAUUUCAAUGGCUUUUAAAUCCACGGCAGGUGUUUGAUCUGUCAGAGUGUGAUCCAAAGUUCGCCUUACAAUUGUAUCGUCGUGUUCCUAAUUUGAAGAUUUUAGCUUGUGGAGGUGAUGGAACGGUUGGAUGGAUUCUUUCGGUACUUGACACAUUAAAUUUCUCACCUCCUCCCCCGAUUUCUGUCUUACCGCUUGGUACUGGGAACGACUUGUCUCGUGUGCUUAACUGGGGAGGAGGUUAUACUGACGAACCGCUUGAAAGGAUUUUAAAUCAUCUUCAAGAAGCAAAAGUUGUUCAACUCGAUAGAUGGAAUCUUGACGUUAUUCCAAACGAAAGUGCCGUUGAAAAAGACGCAAAUUCUGUUGGUAAUUUGCCAUUAAAUGUGAUGAACAAUUACUUCAGUGUUGGAGCCGAUGCAGAAGUAACGUUAGAGUUUCAUGAAAGUCGAGAGGCAAAUCCUGAUAGAUUUACAAAUCGCUUGUACAGUCUUUAUUUUUAUGGAAAGCGUGGUGGACGAACUGUCAUACAGAGACGAUCGAAGGACUUAUAUCGUCAUGUACAAUUGGAGUGUGAUGGUGUCGAUCUAAGUGGCAAGAUUGCAGAACUAAAACCACAAUGUAUUCUUUUUCUUAACAUUUCAUCUUAUGGUGGUGGCACUUCACCGUGGGGAAUUCCCUUAAAGGAAUACGAAGAGUUUAGAGGUCAGCGCUGUGACGAUGGUUAUGUUGAGGUCAUUGGCUUGACGUCCACUUCUCUAGCGACAACACGAGUUGGUGGUCACGGUUUAAGAAUUUCACAAUGUCAAAGGGCAAUUUUAAGAACCUAUAAAGCUCUUCCUUUUCAAGUAGAUGGUGAGCCAUGUCGUCUCUUGCCAUCAAAAAUAACCGUCACCAUACGUAAUCAAGCAAACAUGAUUCAGAAAAUCAAAAAAAAUUCCCGCGGUGGGAGCUCCAAUGUUGAGUCUCCUCUUUCACCUGUUGCACCCAUCAACGUUAAAAUCUACGUAACUGAAUUUGAAAAUUACAGAAAAAAUUUACACGAUAUAAAAAUGAUCGCCAAAGUUUCUAAAGUCGAGACUUCAUUGACUGUGAAAUCUCAAGUCGAUCUGAAAUAUUUAAGAUUACUCAUUGACGAAUUCUUAGAGAAGGAGAACAGAAAAAAUGAGGUCGCUGGCGGAAAUUGGUGUUUUCUUGAUGCAUCGUACAGUGAUCGAGUUUACAGAAUAGAUCCGGCUCAGGAAGAACUGUACGAUGUUGCAGAUAUUCUUGAAGAUGGUAUUUUUAUUGUUAGGAUUAAUGACGGCAACGAUAAAAUAAAAUCAAGCGAAGAUUUAAUAACUUACCAAGAAAUGAUCGAAGCUUGCAUCGAAGGAAACCUUGAUAAAAUGAAGGGCUUUCAAGAGUCAGGAUGUAAUCUAUCAAUGACAAAUAAUGGUUUAUCCAUUCUGCAUCACGCAGUUAUGAACAAGAAGAGGAAUAUUGUGGAGUACAUAAUAUCAAAAAUGAGCGAAGCUGCGUUGAAUGAAGUGGAUAAUAGUGGUCAAACGGCCCUUCACAAGGCCGUAGAAUCUAGCGAACCUUCAAUAUGUACGACCCUAGUGCAUGCUGGUGUUGAUAUUGCGAGGAAAGAUUACAACGGAAACACUGCAGCCAUGAUCGCUAAACAAAUGGGAGAUGAAAAACUUGCGAACUAUUUAAAGGAAAAUGAAAAAAAGGUGGAAGAUGGUCCUCUUCUUGGUCAAGAGACUUCUGUAUGACGUCUCUUGGAAACGUCCACGUUACGUCAAAUAUCACGUGAUGUGAAAUAUUUUGAAUGACGUCUCUUGGAAACGUCCGCGUUACGUCGAAUAUCACGUGAUGUGAAGUAUUUUGAAAAUUUUAUAAAAAUGAGGUUACAAGGUUGAGAGAAUUACCAUUUAUCACGAUCUCAGUUUUUGAACAGGAGAAAUGUAAAAAUUAGACGUUCAUUCACACAAAAUCUCCUUCCAACAUUGAAUUUUAUCAUGUUUUUAUUUACAAAGUAAAUCACGUGCUCGAUCGUAAA